GACAGAAGCAUCGAGAACUUUGAGAACUUGCAAUGCUUAAGUUAUUCAGCUCCAUUCUGUUGUUGAUAUUAACAUUUAAUGUGAUCGAAACUUCAUCAGUCAGUGAUGAAUUGUGCGACAGACAACUGAAUUAUUUCGAUGAAGCUUUGAAUCGACGUGACUCAUGGGCGGUAUUUGUUUUUGACACGUGGGCUAAAUUUCAAUCGAGUAUCCUUCGUGGAAAUCUUGUUAUUCCCGGUGGGUUCAUCGACUGUGUAACCUUUAGACAUCAAUCGGAACGAGCAGACAUUGGAACGUUUCAAGGACAACAUUGCAUGGUGAGAUUUUCGGCAAAAACAGAAGCAGCUGAAAUUGACCGUGAAAAUGGAUUUGACUGGAGGGAAAUUGGCGCAAUAGCUCGUGAGAAUAAUUACAAUUUUCGUCAUGGUUUCUGCUUACCUGCUUCGUGUUCGUCUGAGAAAGUUCUUAAUUAUAUGAGAACUUAUUUGUCACAAGCUGACUUCAACGUUACAGAGGCUGAAUGUCAAACAAACGAUCCACUUAAAUAUGAGAUCAUCGACAUUAUUGCAAUUGUUAUCUUUUCUAUAUUUGGCUUACUGAUGGUCUUAAGUACAAUUUAUGAAAUUAUUACGAUAAGAAACGAUCGUGUCCCCCAUGAAUUGUAUGCAUCAUUCUCAGUUUACACAAAUGGUUGGAAACUUUACAAUGUGUCUGUUAGUAAAUCCUCUGACGACAUUAGAUGCCUUCACGGUAUUCGAGCUCUUUCUAUUAUUUACAUCAUUUUUGGUCAUCGGUAUGGAUUGCCCAUGUGGAACGUCAUUUCAAACAGAGCUGCCAUCGCUGAUUGGCAACAAAACUUUCAUAUUGGAAUCUAUCAUACACAUCAAGUGGCUGUUGACGUUUUCUUUACCAUGGGAGGAUUACUCGUGACAUGGUCAAUGAUGAAAAGUUUGGACAGCAAUCGUUUAAGUAUUCUUCGUCUUUACUUCCGUCGUUACCUUCGUUAUACGCCACUCUUGGGGGUCUUGAUGCUUUUUGUUAUAUCGCUCAUGAGGCAUAUUGUGUUUGGUCCCAUCUCUUACAUGGAUGGCGGCUUCUGGCCAUUCCUUACGAAUUGCAACAAUUGGUGGUGGACGACACUUCUUCAUCUUCAAAACUAUGUCAAUCCUAACGAGAUUUGCAUGUCUCACACUUGGUACUUGUCAAUCGACUUUCAACUGUUUUUGGUGUCGCCUUUCUUGAUCUACCCAGCGUGGAGAUAUGGAUGGAAAUAUUUAUGGACGCUGCCAACUUUAGCUCUUCUAAGUUCAAUUUAUAUCUUUAUCAUGUCGAUGGUGUUCAAUAUUUACAUGGUCACAAAAUCACCAGAUGCAGCACCAUUUGAAUUUUUCAUUCAGUGGAUUUAUUAUCCGACACACGCUCGAAUGGGACCUUGGUUUAUUGGCAUGACACUUGGUUAUAUUUUAUAUCAAAAUCGUCACAAGAGAGUGCGAUUGGAUCCAUUUGUUAAUGUUGUCAUGUGGAUUCUUUGCUUAUCACUCUUCACAGCGAUAACGAUGGGCUCUCAAUACAUGUUUCUUCCACCUCAUGUCAAUACAACAACAUUGCUUGAAAAUGCUUUUUAUCUCGCAUUUUACCGCAAUGGUUGGUCAUUAGCAACAGCUUGGAUGAUAUUCGCGUGUCAUAAUGGAACUGGUGGUUUUAUCAGAUGGUUUUUGCAACUUCCACAAUGGCAACCAAUUGCGCGGAUGGGAUUAAGCAUGUAUUUACUUGGCUUCAUCUUUCAACAUUUUCAAAUCAUGCACCAAAAACAACCAACAUAUUUCGACGAAUUUGAUUUAAUUCAUCUGUUUCUUGGGGAUUUAUUAGCAUCAAUCUUCAUAUCAACUGUCGGCUACCUCGCUUUUGAAGUUCCAAUUUUAACAGUCGAAAAUUACGUUCAUAACAAGAUCAGAGGAAAGAAAAUUCAAGUGACGAAAAUGUGAGAAAUAAAAGAAUUGUUUCCAUACG